GAACCGGCAGUCCUCAUGGAGACUAGUUUGGUUCUUAACCCCCUGAACCCAAAAGGAGCUCCUGCCCUAUAAUCCUUGAUGGGAUUCUUUUCGCUUUUGUUAGUAAGUUCUUCUCUCUGGCCUCCCCCAUGCAAUCUUGUCUGUCCGCUCCCCUUCAGCAGCUGAUGCCCGGCCAGGUGGGGGGGUGGGGCCUUAAGAGGUUUGGCCACAGGUUGCCCUGGAAGGUGCGUGAGUGGCCAGGCAGGUGACUGCGAGUUGGGACGCCUGAGGCCUGCCCUCACUGAGUCACGAGCUGUUGUUGUCACCUUCCUCGUUGAAGUCCCUGCUCAGCAACCCAGACCUCGUUGGAAGCAACAGCAGGUCCCUUCCUUCCAAGCUUUCAGGAGAAGCCGCUGGCCUGAUGGUGAGGCGAAUGGGUUGGGGGGGGACCAGGGGGCGGUUGGGGCGGUGGGGAGACCUGGGGCCUGGAUCAGUGCCCCUCCUCCCCACGCCACCACCUCCUCUUCCUCCCCCUCCACGUCGGGGGCCUGGGGUGGGGAGGGUCUCCGUCUUCUCUCUGUCUCCUGCCCCUCACGCAAGAAGGGCCCCUUCCUCAGCUCCUCCCUCAGCCCCUGGGCCCCCCUGCCCGGUGGCGCAGGCCCCAGGGGCUCCUCAGCUCUGCCACAGUGCCCUCCCCACCCCAGCCAUCCCAGCCUCGCAGGUCCAGCCCGAGACGACACCCAUCUCCGCUCCCCCCUCCUGGGGUUCCCACUCUGCCCCUCCCCUGGCCUCGGUGACUCCCCAUCCCCCACGCCAAUGCCCCCAGGACCCCCCUGGGCUGCGGAUAGGCCCUCUGAUCCCUGAGCAGGAUUAUGAGCGCCUGGAGGACUGCGACCCUGAGGGGUCUCAGGAGUCACCCCUCCACGGGGAGGAGCAGCAGCCCCUGCUUCACGUGCCUGAAGGGCUCCGAGGCUCCUGGCACCACAUCCAGAACCUGGACAGCUUCUUCACCAAGAUCUACAGCUACCACCAGAGGAGCGGCUUUGCCUGUAUCCUGCUGGAGGAUGUCUUCCAGCUGGGACAAUUCGUUUUCAUUGUCACCUUCACAACAUUUCUCCUUCGCUGUGUGGAUUACAACGUCCUCUUUGCCAACCAACCAAACAACCGGACAAGCCCUGGGCUGCUCCACAGCAAAGUGACCUUGUCGGAUGCCAUCCUCCCCUCAUCCCAGUGUGCCCAGCGGAUCCACUCCAGCCCCCUGCUGGUCUUUCUUCUGAUCCUGGCUGCUGCCUUCUGGCUGUUCCAGCUGCUUCGCUCAGUCUGCAACCUCUGCGGCUACUGGGACGUCCAGGUGUUUUACAGGGAGGCACUGCACAUCCCCCCCGAGGAGCUGAGCUACGUGCCCUGGGCGGAGGUGCAGUCCCGCCUCCUGACGCUGCAGCGGAGCGGGGGGCUGUGCGUGCAGCCGAGGCCGUUGACGGAGCUGGACGUCCACCACCGCAUCCUGCGCUACACCAACUACCAGGUGGCGCUGGCCAACAAGGGCCUGCUGCCGGCCCGCUGCCCGCUGCCCUGGGGAGGCACGGCGGCCUUCCUCAGCCGCGGCCUGGCGCUCAACGUCGACCUGCUCCUCUUCCGCGGGCCCUUCUCGCUUUUCCGCGGCGGCUGGGAGCUGCCCGACGCCUACAAGCGCAGCGACCAGCGGGCCGCCCUGGCCUCGCGCUGGCGGCGCACGGUGCUGCUGCUGGCCGCCGUGAACCUGGCCCUGAGCCCCCUGGUGCUGGCCUGGCAGGUGCUGCACGCCUUCUACAGCCACACCGAGCUGCUGCGGCGCGAGCCCGGCGCGCUGGGGACGCGCCGCUGGUCCCGCCUGGCCCGCCUGCAGCUGCGCCACUUCAACGAGCUGCCGCACGAGCUGCGCGCGCGCCUGGCCCGCGCCUACCGUCCGGCCGCCGCCUUCCUGCGCGCCGCCGCGCCGCCCGCGCCCCUGGUGGCGCUGCUGGCCCGCCAGCUCGUCUUCUUCGCCGGCGCGCUCUUCGCCGCGCUGCUCGUGCUCACCGUCUACGACGAGGACGUGCUCGCCGUGGAGCACGUGCUCGCCGCCAUGACCGCGCUCGGGGUCUUGGCCACCGUGGCCAGGUCUUUCAUUCCGGAUGAGCAGGGCCAAAGUCGUUCACCGCAGCUCCUGCUGCAGGCGGCCUUGGCCCACAUGCACUACCUCCCGGAGGAGACCCGCCCUGCCGAAAGGACCGGCGCUUACCGGCAGAUGGCGCGGCUGUUGCAAUACCGAGCGGUCUCCCUCAUGGAGGAGCUCCUGUCCCCUCUCCUCACCCCACUGUUUCUGCUCUUCUGGUUUCGCCCCCGUGCCUUGGAGAUUAUUGACUUUUUUCAUCACUUCACCGUGGAUGUGGCCGGGGUUGGGGAUGUCUGCUCCUUUGCCCUUAUGGAUGUGAAGCGCCAUGGCCACCCUCAGUGGCUCUCAGAGGGACAGACGGAGGCCUCGCUGUCCCAGCGCGCCGAGGAUGGCAAGACUGAACUUUCCUUGAUGAGGUUCUCCCUGGUUCAUCCGCAAUGGUGCCCGCCAGGCCACAGCUCCAAGUUCCUGGGGCAUCUUCGAGGCCGGGUACAGCAAGAUGCAGCCGCCUGGGGCGCCAGCUCGGUUCGCAGCCCCCCCACCCCCGGGGUCCUCAGCAACUCUUCCUCACCUCUGCCAGAGGCCUUCCUGGCCAACCUCUUGGGGCAGCCCCUCCUGCCCCCGCAGGACCUGAGCCCCACAGGCCCCAGCCGGGCUGCGGCCACGGCCAGCCUCCUGGCCUCCAUUUCCCGAAUGGCCCAGGACUCAAGCUGUGUAUCCCCAGGAGGGACUGGGGGCCAGAAGCUGGCCCAGCUUCCAGAGCUUGCAUCUGCCGAGAUCAGUCUCCAUGCCAUCUACCUGCACCAGCUCCAUCAGCAGCAGCAGCAGGAACUGUGGGGCGAGGCUUCAGCCUCCUCCCUGUCCAGGCCCUGGUCCAGCCCCUCGCAAACACUCUCACCGGAUGAGGAGAAGCCAUCCUGGUCAAGUGACGGCUCCAGUCCUGCCUCCAGCCCCAGACAGCAGUGGAGAACCCAGAGAACCCAGAAUCUGUUCCCUGGAGGGUUUCAGGAAACUACGGACACCCAGAAGGAGCCUGGCCAGGCCGCUAGCACCGACUGAGGGGAGAGAGCCCUCAGGGUUCCCUGGCUUCUCAACAGGAGAUGGGACGAGGUGGAGUGGAAGGACACACCGAGCCCUCUUUAAAGACCCCCAGGGAUGCUUUAGUUGGGCAGGACUUGGGAGUCAAUGAUGAACUCGCCCCAGAGAGCAGAGAAAGCGUAGGAGAGGAGAUGCCCCAGGCAUCAGGAAACGUGUCUCAGAGACAGUCCCCACGUGGAGGGGCUAAGGGGACAACCAUCUGGCCCGGGGAAGACGUUCCCAAGGGACCUCAAGUUAGAGGACAGGGCCAAGGUGGAGGCCAAGUUACACAUAAGGGGACAAAAAACUGGAGCCAAAGGGCAGUAGGUUCUUCUAGGUCCCCUGGCUUUCAGGCUCCCACGGGACUGGUGGAGGAGCACGGACUAAGUGGAAAGACUGGCAAGCCCUGAUGUUUUUGGAGUUCACAGUGGGGUGACGUCUGAGGAAGUGGGUGUGGCCCCCAUCCUGUCUUAAACACGCAGUAAAGGUUGCUCCUGGCUGUGCUGCA